AGAACAUGGCCACCAAGUCUAGCGACCCUCGUCGUCUUCUUAUCCAGUACUGAUUGGUGGUUGCCCGUGAAGAGAGCAGUGCGGGCACCGCUCCGGCGUCGCAAGCUUGUGUGGCUCGUGUUUGGGACUCUUUUCCGUUUCGUUUUCCCCUCUCUCGCGAAGUGACUCGUGAUUCGUGAAUUUCGAGACGUAUUAUGGGAAAAGAAAGAGUCGUCAGCCUGUGGUCGUUUGAAACCCCGAAUAAAUAAAUACGACUUCGGGAAGAUAUCUAACUAGCGAAAGCAUUCGCGCUAGAUUAUCAUUGUUCAGCGUACAAUAUUCGAUCACAUUAUUAUGACCGUUAGUGGGAUUCGAUCAGAUGUGAUUCGUACGUCGUAAUACACUUUUUAAAAUGUAAAAAUCUCGUACACGUGUAUAAAUAAUGCUCAGAUGUUCAGCUGCACUGACGAAUUGUUUUUGUGUGGUGUUCUCGUUUUCUAUGACCCUAAGUCAUGUGAUUCCAAAUCCUCAUGUCAGGAAAAUUAGGGAAAAACAUCCGGUUCACAUGUAGUAUCAUAGUGGUCUCUUGGUGAGCGAGACACGCGAACUGAUGCAACUGACAGAUGAAGGGGACAUCGAGUUACGGCUGUAAUUAACUCUUUCCUGGUCUUUGACAAAGAACUGUUUGUUGUGUGCUUUGCCGUGAGUGAAUUUCAUUCCCUGAUAUGAAGGUGAUUUGCAUCUUGCUACUUGGGUGAAUGAGUGACCGCAGAAGAAAUUAACAUUAUUUCGACACAGCGCUGUGUUGACAUCUACUAAAAAAAUACUAAUCGAGAGAUUCAGCUGAAUAGAUUUAUAGUGAAGAUAACUGACGUUAAUUAUCCCAUGUUUAGAGAAGGGGGCGCUUACGAAAACCGCAGCUAUAUUUCGAGUAAAAACGCAAAUACAUAUACAAAAGCUGCUGAUUUACAUAUUUAUGGAACAUAUUUUGACAGCCAUAGAUUACAAAAAGAUUUCUCCGAGAACCGAACAAUCUACGAAGCUUUGAGCGGGAAAGAAAUGGAUAAACUUCUCAGCAGCUGUGGCAUAUACCUCAAGCACUUGAAGAUUUCGUAGACUCCCGCAAAACACUGAAAACACCACCACAAUGCUUUCUACGCAGACCACAGAGACCACCGUGUCUCCAGAAAUUCCAGAGAGCCCCGUGCUGGAUUUGAUGGCUCCGAUGUGCAAGGGCGUCCCGUCAGCGAACGCCACCGCUACAAUGGGGCCUAUUUUGACCACCAUAGCCACGGUCCUGUCGACGACAGCCGGAGGACCACCCGAGGUCGUUUGCGAAGGGGCCGCUAAUUGUACAGACAUCACAGAGCACCGCGGUGCGACCAUUGUGUCGCCGAUAUUGCUGGGUCUCACAGGGACAGUUGGUCAGUUAUGGGCCCUUGUGUACCUGCAUUGCAGCACCAGAAGACAGAACCAGAGAACUGUGUUCUACCUCCUGCUCUGCAUCCUCAUUUGGACGGACUUCUUCGGAAAGAUACUGACGACGCCGGCUGCCAUCAUCUCUUACAGCCAAAAAAAAUGGCAGGGAGGGAAACCCAUGUGCAACUUUCACGGGUUCAGCAUGGUGUUCAUAUCCAUCCUGACGCACUUCACGGUGUCGGCAAUGGCCGUGGAGAGGUACUUGGGCAUCUGCCACGGGUACUUCUACAGCAGAAACGUCACGCCCUCGAGAUGCAAAAUGUUCUUCUGCGGGAUCUGGAUCUUCUGCUUCAUGGUGGCCGUGUUGCCCCUCUUCAGCGUCGGGCAGUUCUACCUGCAGUACCCAGGGACGUGGUGCUUCACCAACAUCCACCUGUGCGACGAGACGCCCCUCCUGCAGAAGGUCUUCACCACCACCGUAGGGGUCAUGAACGUCUGCAACCUCAUCGUCAUCGUCGUGUGCAACGUCUUCGUCGUAGGAUCGCUCCUGAAGAUGAGGAUCACUCCGCACUCGGCCUUCGAGCACGGCCAGCCCCACCGGAGCCGGAAGAAGAACGAGCAGGAACUCCAGAUGGUCAUCGUUCUCAUCGUCAUCACCUGCAUCUUCGUCGUCUCGUGGGCGCCCCUCGAUGCUAUUCUGGUGGGGAAUCGGGCGUGGCCGCCUCACGACGUGGAGGACCAUUACAUCGAAUUAGUGGCCAUUCGUCUGUGCUCUCUCAAUCAGAUUGUCGAUCCUUUCGCUUACAUCAUCUGCAGAGUGGUUUUCAGAUCUCGUUUCUGGAGCUGCUGUCGACGAGCCAUCAUCGGACGCGGAUGGUCCAGGAGAGGAGACGGUGGUUCACAUUUCCAGAUCUCUUCUUUGCUCCCUAACCGCAAGUUCUCACGGACACAGAGUCCUCCCAAGGAUCACAUUGCCACUGUCAAAGAAGUAAACCAAGAAUUUCGGGAAGAGGCAGCAGUUCGCCCUGAGGCAGAGAAGACAACGCGAGCGCCCUCUGUCCACAAGUCGUACUACAGUGAUUCAGGUACGGGGUCUUAUUCAGGUGUGGAGACUCCACUUGUAGAUAAAGUGGAGGAACCUUCCUUCUCAAUGGAAGCUCUACAAGAGGCAAAGGGUUCUGUCCUCCAACACUCUUUAGCCAAGAGUCUAUCUGUCGCCAUACCAAUUCCACUCUUUACCAGUGAGCAGUAUCGCGUAGCUGAGCUUGGCAGAGAAGGCGAUGGCACAAACAGGGAUGUGUACUACCUUGUUGAUGCAUCCCACAGUCCUAUAGGUCAAAGGAUCUCCAAUCCAGAUGACAUGUGCCAGAACUGGUCAAGUGCUUCACGAGGGAAUAACAAUGAAGUUUCCUUCAUUACUGUAACUGAUUGUGACGAUGCAGGCGUAUACAGAAGCAAUUCUUGGAGUUGCCAGAGUAUAAAGCCUCCACAACCACAGUACAGAACACAGAGUACUCAGACUCUUUCCACUGGUCAUGGCAGCUACCCAUAUGAAGCAAACAUAUUUACCAAGCCAUCUGAAACGCAAAGAGAUGAGUUGCAUGGUCUGCAGGAAGUGAAUGGAAACAACCAAACUCCAAACAUCAGCUUAGGCUCUGGGAACUCAGUAGAACUUAACGGCAAUGUCAACAGAUUCUCGUCACUGACUGUGUGUCAAGCUCACAGUUCGGAGGAGAUUCCAAAAGAGGGGUCCGUCAGUGCGUCCAAGAGACCGCUUUCUGCAUGCUUGUCAGAUACUAGCAUGGAUGUUUUGGAAAGAAAUUCAAAAUUCACGAAGAGCUAAGCUUCAAAAUGUAAUGCCUGAGUACUUUUCAGGCUAUUUCUUGUUUUGGAAUAUUAUGAACUGUGUAACAACUAAGUGUUGUAUUGUCUCCAUAACAAUGUUGAGGACGUGCAUGCAGAAUUCUUUUCUUUUACAAGAAGUAUAUUUUUGCAUUUGACUGAAACAGGUCCAUUGACUCGACUGUGAAAUUCUUCCGUGUGUACUUUACGUAUGGCAGAUUUCACUUGAUGAUUUAGAGAAAGGUUUUUGAAAAACGUUCAGUGAUUGCAUGAUUAUCAAAAUCGUAUUUACCGGUAUAUGUGCUGUAUACGUAAACCCACGUGCAUGUAACGCUUUGCGCAUGCGCGCCUAAAUGUUACGAGUACAACAGCUGCUUUCACGUUGGUGCUACCUGAAAACUUUCUCGUGUUGCCAGACUGUCUUCUGAUUUCACCAGAAACUGCCCCGUUGUCGCAGUGUUUCUUUGCUGCUUCGUCUAGUCAUAGGAUGUAAGAGAUAUUUUUCUUAUCAAAAUACUGAAUUACCAUGACCAUAUGUAUUAUAUCAGGUAUACGCAUUUAGGUUUAACUUGCAGAAUGAGAGUUCAAAACAGAUUAUAUUUAAAGGACUUUAAUUUUUUCAUGACAUUCAUGAGUUAGUAGGAAUGAAGUAAGUUACUUAUUACUUUGUGCAAAGUGGUUAAUUACUUAGAUGCAAAUGUUAUUCAACAUUGAUUCAUUACUUUUAUAAUUUUAUUUUUCGAAAAGACGGUUAUUAAUGGUUGGUUGCAGCUAUUCAGUAGCUUCAAGUUAUCUGUACCUCUUAAGUUUAACGGAAUAAUUCAAAGCCGAUUCGUUAUUCCGAAAUAUUAGAUGUAUCAAUGUUCUUAGUCACAAAGAGAGAUUGGAUGUCUACAGGCUGAUGAAAGUAAGAUAAAACUGGAAAUUUCAUCAGUUUCAGUUCAUCUUUUGAAGUGUUCUUUUAACAGGCAGAAAAUGCAAUUAGGAAGUCACGAGACAUUUUGAAGAUUUGUGAAGAAACCAACAAAACAUGAUUGGUAAGAGAUCGACAGAUAAUUUUCUGAAAUUUUUCAUAUUUUUCGAAAGUGCCUUUUUGAUUCUUUGUGCUUUUUUAAUCUUUAAAGUUUUCCUGUACCAAAACCCCCGAAUAAAUAAAUAUGAGUGUGAUGACGAUUCCCUCCGUGGAUUAGAAUAGUUCUGUGAAACGUAAGAUCGUCAGUGAAAAAGACUUUGCCAUAAGAGACAUACGCCAGUAGUUUGAUUUCAUUCUGAGCCCCUUAGCUGUAAGAUAAAUAGAUGUCCAAAGGCAGGCUUUUGUUGUUGUUGUUGUUCUUGUUGCUGUCUGUUAUCAUAUCUGUUAUUAUACUUCUAUGUUGUUAUUUGGCAUAUUGCUUCUAAUCAAUUACAACAUACAUUCCGCUCUACGUGUCUGUAAUGACUUUGGAAAUGAUUCUGUUGAAGUUUUGUCAAUUUAUUUCCAGCUUUCUAUUGACUCAAUAGAUUUUAUCAUGAUGUGUUCAAUAUUUCUAAAAGAUUACGUGUAUAAAAUCAAAUGUUUAUAACCGUGAUUCAUCAAAUUUCUAUGUGCUAUGUGAUAUUAUAAAUGUUUACAUGAUUA